CCAUCUUCACAAUUUUUUCCACACGGCAAAAAUGAAGCUUCAUAUAAAGUCAACAUAAGCCUGCCAGACUAUACCACAACGGCAAAACCAGCCACCAUUCACACUACCCACCUCCUCCUCCUCCUCCACCACCUCCUCCUCUUACUGGCCGGCCGCAGCCGCCAUAUGGCGCUACCUCGCCAUGAAUUCUCUCUCUUUCUCCUCUGUUUCUUCACAUUAACCAUCGUUGCUCAAUCAAAACUCAGUCUUCUCCCCUCUGACCAUGAGGCCCUCUUGCACAUCCACAAUGACUUAGGCAUCAAGCCUACUCCGGCUGUCGAUCUCUGCGACUCCGGCAGAGUUCUCUGCGAACGACGAAUCAUGAACGAUUCCUACGUUCUUAGAGUUGUCGGGAUUGUCAUCGAAUCCCAACAGCUCAAUGGAAAAAUAUCUACAGCCAUUGGCCAGCUCUCUGAGCUAAAAGAACUUUCAUUGCCAAACAACCAGAUUUCUAACCAAAUCCCACCUCAAAUCAUCCACUGCCACAAACUCCAGGUGCUGAACCUCGGAAACAAUCUGUUAUCUGGAAACGUCCCAGCCGGAUUCUCUGCGUUGAUUAGCCUCCGAAUCCUGGAUCUAUCCUCAAACAAGUUUGCAGGGGAAUUGAUAUUCUUGAAGCACCUCCCCAAUCUGGAAAAGCUCAACCUUGCAAACAAUAAAUUUGCAGGGAAAGUGCCAGUUUCAAUGAGAGGGUUUCGGAACCUCAGGUUCAUCAACGUCUCCGGCAACAGCUUGCUUGAUGACCCAGUUCAGUCAACGAAUGUUCAGCUUGAUCAGUACUUGUCUAUGGAUUUGGCUGAGGAGGAGAAAAGCCCGAAGCGGUAUGUGUUUGCGGAGACCUCGGAGAGAAACCAAUCCAAUCCGGCCAUGGCGCCUUCUUCUUCGAGCAUGGCUAAUGCUCAAGCCCCAUCACCAUCAGCAACAACUGCAAAUAAUAAGCGAAAGAACAACAAGAAGAAGAAAGUGACAGACUGGGUUCUUGGAUUCAUGGCUGGGAUUCUAGCAGGCUGUGUGUCUGGAUUGGUAUUCUCCACGGUUUUCAAGCUGUUGAUGCGCUUAAUACGAGCAAACAGCAAAGACACGAGCUUGAAGAUAUACAGCUCGAUGAUCAAGAAGCCCGAAGACUUGGCGUUUCUGGAAAAAGAAGAUGGAUUGCAAUCACUUGAAGUUAUAGGGAGAGGUGGCUGUGGGGAAGUUUAUAGAGCUGCUUUACCUGGAAGCGACGGGAAAGAAAUUGCAGUCAAGAAGAUAAUUCAAUUGCCUACAGAUGCAGAAGGUGGCGUGAAUGAAGAAGACAGCAAGCUCUUAACCAAAAAGAUCCGACAGAUUAGGUCUGAGAUUCAAACCAUGGGCCAAAUCAGGCACCGCAAUUUGCUCUCCCUGCUAGCUUAUCUGCCACGGCCCAAUUGCCAUUACCUGGUGUAUGAAUACAUGAGGAAUGGCAGUCUGCAAGAUUACAUGAAAUUAGUAUCAGAAGGAAAAAGAGAAUUAGAUUGGCCAGCACGAUAUAGGAUCGCAGUAGGGGUGGCAGCAGGGCUGGAGUACCUUCAUCUGCAUCAAAACCCUCGCAUAAUCCACAGAGACUUGAAACCCGCAAACGUGCUGCUGGACGAUGAGAUGGAAGCCCGAAUUGCAGAUUUCGGGCUGGCAAAAGCUGUCCCUGAAGCUCACACUCAUGUCUCAACCUCAAAUGUAGCAGGAACAGUGGGGUAUAUAGCUCCUGAGUAUUACCAAACUUUCAAGUUCACGGAGAAGUGUGACAUUUACAGCUUCGGCGUGCUGCUUGGCGGGCUGGUCAUUGGGAAGAUGCCAUCUGAUGAGUUCUUCCAGCACACAGACGAGACGGGAUUGGUGCAAUGGAUGAGGAACGUGAUGGCCUCUGAAGACCCAAAGAGGGCGAUCGAUCCAAACCUCCUAGGAAAUGGCUUUGAGGAGCAGAUGCUCUUAGUUCUCAAGGUUGCCUGCUUCUGCACUCUGGAUAAUCCUAAGGAGAGGCCAGACAGUAAGAAUGCUCGAUGCAUGUUAUCGCAGAUUAAGAGUGAUUGAUGUGAGACAAACCAAAUUAUCUGCCAGUUUAUCCACACAGAUGCAUAUUAAGAAGAUUUCAAUUCUGUCCAGUGUAAGAUGUGUGAAAGUCUUUUUUAGGUUCAGUUUAUCAGUAUAGUUCGACAUGCUCAUGUACUAUGAUGGUCAAGUCCUUUAUCUAAGCAAUUUAUGGGUAACAUGUUACAAA